AUGAAGUUCGGCCGCAAUCUGUCUCAAUUUACCGUUCCCGAGUGGAGUGCCUCUUACAUCAAAUACAAGGCCUUGAAGAAGCUUAUCAAGUCUGCUGCUGAGCAGAUCAAGGCAGGCCAGGAUGCGGAUUUGGCCGGCUUCUUCUACUCUCUCGACCGAAAUGUCGAAGAUGUCGAUUAUUUCUACAACAAGAAGUAUGCGGAGUUUGCGCGCCGCUUGAAGCUCCUCGAAGAGCGGUAUGGCUACUCUUUGGAAGGUCGCCACCCGCUGGAACCCGAGGAUCGUCAUGAUCUCCGCGAGGCGCUUCUGGAUCUGCGGUAUCAUUUCCGCCGCCUUCAAUGGUAUGGUGAAGUCAAUCGCCGUGGGUUUGUUAAGAUUACCAAGAAACUCGACAAGAAGCUUGGCGCGCAGGCCCAGAAGCGGUACCUGGAGACCAAGGUCGAUCCAGCUCCGUUUGCUUCUAAUUCGCGUGUCUUCCAGUCACAGGACCGUAUUAAUUCUUGGAUGGCUAUUAUUACCGAGCAGUCUAAGGCUGAUGAGAAGAAAGCCGAUGAUGCGAGCUCCACUCAUUCGUCUCUGUCUCUGAAGCGUGGCGCAACUCGGCCUUAUCUCAACUUGCCUGCUAGUAUAUUGACUGCGGUUGAUGAUGCGCUCCGCAAAGAUGAUACUCCUGUGUUGCUUGAGUUGCUGGAGACUUUGAAGGUCUCUGCUGACGAGGCCGGUGAAUCUGUCUACUCUAGAGUUCUCAAGACUCUCAUUCAGCGCUCGAUUCUUCACCGUUCCCAGGCUUGCUUGGCUACGCUAGUAACCCGAGUGGAGACUCUGGAAGAGGAUGAUGAUAUCAACCGCCGUAACUGUCUCCAUCGUCUGGUUAUCUCGAUCGGACGUGACCAACCAACUAGCGACUCUGAGCCUGCGGCAUCGAUGGUCCUCAACUUCCCGCCGGAGACCACCCGUUACAUUACACCUGCUGCUCCUCCUACCCUGCAACCACCUCGCGCCGUGGUCAAGGAGGAACACAUGCCUCAACAGCUGGGUCGCGAUGAUUCUGCCGUUGCACUCCUUCAAUUCCUGCUCGAUAGUUUGCGCCCAGACCAGCGCGAGUCUUUAAUGGCCAAGGACAUUUCUGGACGCACCCCCUGCACUACGCGGCCCAAAUGGGGCAUGUUUGACGUCAGCGAUGGCAUUGACGGCCCCUUGUGGCAGGAUGACGAUGGCUGGGCGCCUCUCCAUCUGAGUGUUGUUGGUGGUCACCCCAAGACGACCAAAUGUCUCUUGGACGCCGAGAACCAGGGUGACACUCCAGAAGUGGGCAAUAUCAGAAAGCAAGUUUCCAAGUCUAGCGCCGUCUUGGCGCUUGCAACCAAGGCCAACUUCAUUGAUAUCGUGCACCUCUUGGUGGAUGCUGGUGUGGAUAUCAAUUACCAGGAUGAGCAAGGAGAAACUGCAUUGCAUGUCGCUGCCCGAUUUGGCCAUGAUGAGUGUGCGAAGAUCCUGCUUGAUGGUACUGAGCACCAAAAGGGCGACACGGAGCUGACUGAGAAGACAUACGGCUGGACUCCAUUGUUUAUCGCCUGUGUUGAUGGGUGUCUGAGCGUGGCUCAGCUUUUGGUUGCUGCUGGCGCUGAUCUGGAACGUUUCGAUUCAUCUGGUUGGACCGCAAAGGAACACGCUGCUCUGCGAGGUCACCUCGAUAUUGCCCAGUGUCUGGCCGAGGUCAGCCCCGGCCCUCCUGCUAUUGAGCCAGAUCUUUCAUCAUCUACUCCAAAUCUCACUGGCUCCGAGUCCUCUUCGCCCCCAACUCAGUCGUCUCUUACUGACCGCCGCUCGAAUGCGCCUGGUCCCACCUCCGGGAGUUCUGGCCUACGCAAUACUGAACCUAUUAAAACAUUUGGACAUCGGUAUCUCACCGAUGAGACCAUGAUCCUGGUUAGCUUAGGGACCAUGGAUAUGCGUAAGCCUCUCGAGACGGUCAGCCUUGACCGCAUCCCGAUGGAGAAUGCCCACGCUACCCAACUUGAUACGUCAUUGUCGAUGGUUAUCACAGCUAGCGGUGCCCAUGGCGAGCCAGAGGUCAUUGACCUGCCUGUGCAAGACAACAUCUCAACUGAGCCCAUCGUCUUCCACACCACCGAUCCCAGCAAGGUUCGUCUUCUCUUCGACCUUGUUCCCACCUAUGCUGGAUCAAAGGAGAAGGUUGUUGGCCGUGGUGUAGCUCUGCUUUCCAGCAUUAGGCCUACCGUCGGAUCCCACCGCAUCAAUCUCAAGGGUGAUUCUACCGUUCCCAUUGUUGCUGCGAACACUUUGGAGGUGAUUGGCUCUGUGACAUUCAACUUUCUCAUCAUCACCCCUUUCAAGCACCCCAACAUGUCUAUCACCGGCAACCAGACCUACUGGCGCUCGAUGAGUUCGACAAUGGUCAUUGGCCACCGUGGGCUGGGUAAGAACAUGGCUAGCCGCAAUUCCUUACAGUUGGGCGAGAACACCAUUCAGUCGUUCAUCGCUGCGGCCAAUCUGGGUGCCUCAUACGUCGAGUUCGACGUGCAGCUCACAAAAGACCAUGUCCCUGUCAUCUAUCACGAUUUCCUCGUUAGCGAAACGGGUAUUGACGCGCCUGUCCACACUCUGACAUUAGAUCAGUUCCUCGAGUUGGGCAAGGGUCGUCACCGAAAUGUCCUGCCUGGACCAGUGCAUAUCAAUGGCGAAAUUAUUGACAUCAGUCCCCGCCAGCGCUCAAUGUCAGUCGGCGGCUCAGAGUACAACCCCGCCGAAUUGACCGAAAAGAUCAAACAUACCCGUGAUUUCAAGAAGAAGGGUUUCAAGGGCAAUACCCGCGGCGAGCACAUCCAAGCCCCCUUCGCGACGCUCGAAGAACUCUUCAAGAAGAUUCCCAAGCCCGUCGGCUUCAACAUUGAACUUAAAUACCCCAUGCUCCAUGAGAGCGAGGAGGAAGAAAUGGACACCUACGCCGUUGAACUAAAUUCCUUCGUCGACACUAUCCUGACAAAGGUCUAUGAUCUCGGCGGUGGUCGCGACAUGCUAUUUUCCAGUUUCAACCCGGAUAUUUGUCUACUUCUGUCUUUCAAGCAGCCUUCCAUCCCCGUCCUCUUCUUGACAGAUGCAGGCGCUUCCCCGGUUGGCGAUAUCCGCGCUAGCAGCUUACAGGAAGCCGUUCGCUUCGCUUCCCGCUGGAACCUCCUUGGUAUCGUCAGCCAGGCGCAGCCAUUGGUCCUCUGCCCGCGACUAGUUCGCAUCGUCAAGGAGUCCGGUCUUGUAUGUGUCUCCUACGGAGCGCUGAACAAUGACGGUGAAAACGUCGACUACCAAGUAGCCGAAGGCAUCGACGCCGUCAUUGUCGACUCCGUCCUUGGAAUCACAAACGGUCUCAUCCAACGCCAAAACAAGGUCGACCGUACCCCGGGCCCGUCGCCGAACCCAUCGGCUCUCAGUGACACUGCCGCCGGUGCAGUCAAAGUUCCCGUCAACGGAACCACGAUUCUUUAA